GCGUUCAUUACACCAAGAUAUUAUUCAAACAUGGAGGACGAGAGGAAGAAACCUGAUUCGGAAAGGUCAUCUGAUGAAGCAAUGGAAGUGCUAACUGAGGACACGAAACAGUUAUUGGUGACAACAAGUAAAAACAUGACAAAGGUUGAAGACGAAUUUUUACAAGAAAACAAACCUAUUGACCAUGAUAUAAAAGAAGCAUUUAAGAACAACGGCGGCUUCUUAGGCGUGGCUAAAAUGAUAAAAACAAAAUUGGAUAACUGGGAAGAGGAAGAAAUUAAUAUUGCCGUCACUGGUCGAACAGGCGUCGGAAAGUCUUGCUUUAUCAACGCUAUCAGGGGUGACAUAGAUGAAUCACAGCCUUAUUAUGCAAAAGAAGGCCACACCGAAUGCACGUUCAAGAGUGAACCGUUUUCACAUCCGGCAAAUAAGCGUCUGAUAUUUUGGGAUCUUCCUGGGGUGGGAACAGAAAGAUUUCCUAAGAAAACGUAUCUUGAGGAUAAAGAGAUAAGCAUUCGCUCCUUUGAUGUGUUAAUAAUAAUGACAAGCGACAGGUUUACCGAGGACGAAAACUGGUUGGCUACUGAAUUGAAAAAACUGGGAAAGAUAUUCCUUUUCGUGCGAUCCAAGAUUGAUAACCAGAUCCACAGCGACAGAAUACUGAAGAAGAAAGCAAACAAAAUAUCAAAUCCACUAAAGCUUAUCAGCGAUAUUCGCUUGGAUUGCAAAAAGAAUUUGGGAGAUGAGUUCAAGGACAUUUACUUAAUCAAUAAUUUGAACUUGGAGCAAGAAAACCUCGACUUCGGUAAAUUAAUAGAUCGUUUGGUAGAAGGUAUCCAAGGGUUAAAAGGAGAAGCAUUGCUACAUUCGUUAGGGUUUCUAACUCCUACGAUACUUAAAAAGAAGUUCAAAUGGCUGAGAAGAAGAAUAUAUGGAAUGGGUGCACUUUCUAGUCUUUCUGGCGCACUUCCUAUUCCAGGAACAACCCUGAUUGCCGACUCAUUGCUGAUAGCAAACGAGACGCGUUUAUAUCGUAAACAGCUCGGGCUGUCGGAUAGCGAUCUAGAAUGUCUUGCCGAACUGAUGAACAUGCCUGUUGAUGAGUUAGCACAAAAAUACUCACUAAAAUCACUAAGUUUACCAUUGACCGCUAAAGGGUUAUCGGCAUCAUCUGUCCUGAUUUCUUGUGAGAUAGUAGAUAUGACCAUUAAUAUAGCACUUCCUAUAGUAGGAAUGUCAGUCGGAGCAGUUUUAUCUUUUGCAACUACCAUAAUAUUACUUCGAUCAAUUCUUGAAAUCAUGGAAAAGGAUGCAUACAUAGUAUUUGAUCUUCUCAUAGAACAAACUGGGAGUAGAGUCAAACAUCUUAAGGAAAAGAUGUUUCAAAAACAUUCCAUUUCUCCGACAUGCAAAUAAUACGCCUUUGACAUUAUUAGUCAUAACCAUGGGCUUCAAAAAGUCGAUAUUUAUUGCCCAGCAGGGUUUUUUUUUAAGUAUGAUUUUCAAAAUUGUUUUCACAAAUGAAUUGUCAAAGACUUAAAUAGUUUCAUAGAAAACUAUAUCGACAUGUAUAAAUGUCACAUCGAAUUGUUAGAUAAACGGUAAAAUGUUGACAUGAUGAUUGUAACGAUUCGUAAUUGUUCUAAACGUGUAGCAUAAUUAUACAUGUAUGUGAUUUAUAAUGUUUAUAUCACACCGGAAUUUGAGUGGAAUUAUUCUGAAAACGUCGGACCGCGAAAACACCCAUGUGCAACACCAUAUUCGACUUGCGCAUGCGACCUAAAUGCUUACGAUCAUGCGGAAUAUGAGAUACGUUUUUUUUUUCGAUAUAACUAAGACGUGUUUUGCUUUACUGAGAAUAAGAAAAAUAUGUUGUGUUUUAGUACUAAGUCAGCUUUCUGUAUAACAUUUAUGUAAAGUUUGUGGACAUUAAGCAAUUUUGGACAAUUCUUGCAAAUAUACAUUUGUUUACAUUUUGUUUGCUAGAUUCAUCUAUGGCUGGAGCUGAUAAAUGAAAAUAUAACUUUUCAGAAUCGAACUUUUACUGUCAUGUCACGAAUGUUCCAACUACAAGUUCUUUCCAACGACCGUUACAACAGUUUGGGGGAAAGAAAAGUUACAAACUUUCCUGCAGUUCACAUUAGGACCUUGUUUUGCAUAUGGCGAAGUUAAUCACAGACUAUAAUCGGAUAACUACUACAGAAGCCAACAACCUGAACUAGCCAUUUAGAAAUAAGACGUUCCAAAAAGCAUUUCUUUGCUGGUUGGUGUCUUUGUAUUGAGAUUGCAAGGUUUUAGAGUAACUCGAUUGUUUAGCCUAUGCUUAAGCUGUUACACAUAAGCUCAGUCAAGCAUAAUUAAUGCUACUAUUUUGCUAGAUUCGAGAUAUGGUCAUUGCAUGGCAAAAACCCAAUAUAUGUACUAGUAUCAUACAUUUCUGGAAUUUAUGACACAGUUGAUAUGUGAGGUGACAUGAGACCUUCCUCUUGGAACGUUAAAACAACACGCAAACUAUUACUGCCUUAAUUCUCUUGGAUCUAGUGUGCUACCUAAGCUGUCACUUGUGUUAACACAGACACGCUGCUUAAAUGCCAUGUAAGGUGGCGAGCGAAUUAGUCAAAGCUGGCUAUGUGAAAGAUUCGUUAGAAGAGAUCUGUUAAUUAAGAUUGUUCAUACUCUGUGGGCCUUUAGAACAUUAUUUUCUAAGAUAUUUAGGAGCAGAAAAGGCACAGAUCACACCACUCGAUUUUAUUUUAUAGAUAGUUUUCACCCACUCUUUAAGCAUUUAAGACAUUAAGUGAGAUUGAAAAAUGGGGGUACUUUAUAAAACUUAUAAUAUCCCACUUAAAGGUUUAGGGAUUUCAGGUCUUAUCAGUUACUAUAAGCACAAGAUGAUAUCAGCAUAAUAUAAGUUUAGAUGCCACUCACAAACCUCUUCAUUUAUAAAUUGUAAACAUAAAUACACCACCCACGUCUUUCAAUGGAUAAAGGAAAAAAUGUAUUUAAAUAUAUAGAAAAAUCUGGUAUUAACAUUUUAAAAACAUUUUGCUACUUUAAUGACAUAAAAAAUACUUAAUCUGAAGAAAAAAGUUGAGGUCAUCGUGCAUCUAAGAGAUAUAUUUAGGAAAAAAACAUUUAAAAACUGGAGAAUUUUGACAAAGAAAUAUUCAAAGAAACAUUUUUCAAAGUGGCGAAUUUCCUGCAAAAAAGCUCAAUUAUAGAAAACAAAAAAAAAAAAAACCAUCUUAAAUUUCUACAAUUCAUAUGUCAUCUAGAGUCUUAAGAAAGAUAAUCGUCAUGUCAUGAAGUGAACUAGAUUUUGUUUUGAACCAAUUCAAACGUAUAGCCCAAUUUUAGAAAAUACGGAAAUAAAGGGUAGUCAGCAAGACAAAAUCGUUACAUGGCUUGUUAGUGACCGGACUCGAUUAACAACCUUUUCCGUACCCGGUAACCAACAAGUCAUUUAACUCGUGGAACAUGUCUAUCAUUUAAACAUUUAUACAUACACUGUUAUAGGGUUAUGUUUCGGGUAGACUAUUAUAUAUGGCUAUUCCUGUUGGAUCUUUGUCCUCGAAUAUUGAGAAGUUUUCCCUCAACAUUUCUUAAGAACAGUUAAAUCCUCUAUCUGAUGGCACACCAACUACUUACAUAAUUACAUUGCAGCCCUUGUUUAGUAUGUAGUGUUAAAACUUUCCUGAUAAUCAAACUGAAUGAUGCUUUUCAAUAGGAUAUAUAUGUCGUCACAUUUGUAUUUCGGUUUUUUAUGACAACAAGUUACUUCACGUUCAAGCAUGUUUCUAUGUAAAACUAUAGCGAGUGAUUAUUUUAAGUAUGGCUUUUGCCAAGCUACAAUUCGGUACUUUAUCUAUCUUAUAUACAAUGAGGGAUAAGGCUAUUAUAUAAAAUAUUGGUUCAGACAAGAUAGAGUCAUAAUGAAACGUGUCAUUUCAUCACAAAAAUGUUACUGUCUAUAGAUAACUAUUUAUAAACAAUUUGUAUGAUUUAACUGUGUCAUAUGAAAUUUGAGAUAGUCAUGUGUAACAAUUAUACUGAUUAGAUAGUAUACAUAUUUUAUAAAUGGACAUUUUGUGAAACCAACACGGCCGAACACGUAAGCUGAACAAUAUAAUAUGAUAGGAAUACACGUUUAAUUAUUCAUAUUUUAUGCUGAAAGUAAAAGACUUAUUGUAGUUCCUGGACAAGUUAAGCGCGGAGCUAACUAAGGAAUAUGUAUACAUGUGAUAUAAUGGUUUAAAGAAUCCAUUAUACCAAAUACUUCUUAGGCAUUCUUUUCAGAUAGCUUUUGGGUCAAUAAUAAGUUAUGUACUUUAAGAAUAUAUUUCGCAUUCCUUUUCACACUUAGCUUUACGGUCUAGAAAUUAGUCAUGUGCAUUAAAUGACAGGUUACAUUAUAAUGCAUUGUCCAGCAAUGCAUGUUUCAAAAUUACUAAUUGUUUUGACAACUGACUAACUGGAUAAAUGACAGGGUAAUUAUAAACACCCGGUAGGCAUUGUAACUAAAAAUACAAACUUCAAGUAGGAGGUAUCUAUAUUAGAUGUAUGUGAAGUUAACUGCAUCAAAAUACAAGGACUGAAAAAAUUAUUAAAAUAUCAUUUCCCGAAAAAGAGUUAUUUGAGCUGAAAAAAAUGAUCCCGGAUGGAAUAUUUGGAAAAAAUGGAGACAACUCCGCAAAGACUUUAUGAUAGGCUUAGGUGACUAUUGACCUAGAACCUCGUGCAAACUACCCACUUUUUACCUCUAAUCAUGAAGAAAGCAUGCAUACUUGCCACAUGGAUUAGCAACCUGAAUACAAAACUAUGUAAAGAUCAAAUAAUUGAUUGUCCUGGGGAAAGUAGGACAAUUUUUGUGGUGAAAAUUGUCAACAAACAGACGAUUUUUUGAGAAAAGUCAAAACCCACAGAAUUUCACAGGGUGAAAUAUAUUGAAAAGGCUACUGCUGGAAAGAGAACAAUCUCAACUACCCAUACAUAUGCGUCAAAGUAUGGGAAAAAUAUCUAGAAAUAUGAGAAAAUCGAAGAAAUAAAUUUCGAGACUGUUAGAUGCAUAAUUGUGUAAUGAUACAUGGUAAUUAUUAUAGAUAGGUUACUUUUCCUUUGCACUGAUAUAACAUGGGCAGGAUUAGGAUUAAGAAACGGUGUUCACUCAACAAUUUCACUAUACAAACGGAUUGUUUCCCUUGUGUAAAGAAGGCUUAGGGUAAGUCUCUACACCCGGUUGUUUGAUCACGCCGCAUGACUCAAGUCACGAAUCAUUUCUUUCAUAAGCAGAAGUUUUGAGACAAAACUUCAGUAUCAUUCUGGUACUCAGUUAGGUUAGAUGCGUACGUUCGAUACGCGCAAAAAUGACUUAGUUAGAUAAGGACCGAGGCAAAUAACGUUGAAGUAAUUAUGUCGAAGAAUAGAAGUUCUUUUAAUAACUGUAAAUAUGUUAGAAAAUUAUGUUAGAGAAUUGUGAUUCAUGUAUUAUUAACUCAGAACU